CUGAGUCGUGUAUUCGGGCCAAUAGUAAUCGUGCGGUGCCUUUGAGAACACGGUACGGUCUCUCGUUAGUCUCGUCUCUCGUGGUGCGUUUUCACACGUCACGUCGGAAGCGAGAAGGGCAAACGAAGAAAAGAAGGGAACAACGAAAGUUACGUCGUGUCGGUUAAGAGAUAAAAACAAGUCGAAACAAAUUAGUCGUCAGAAUUGUCGCGAGGAAUAGAAGUCCGUAACAAGUUCGGACAAAAUUCCUUGCGUCUCGUACUCGUCUAUCGCGUCUCUGUUUCCGUGCUAUCGUGUUCGAAAGUCGCAGAGAAGCUGCAACUCUUUUUCGGUACCAGGAUUCCGCAGCGGGAGCCGCGCAAGACGAGCAUCAUCAACUCGGCUACACCAGCGGCCGAAGGGGCGGCAAACGAGGGACGAGAGUGUCGGGUGAGGAACGGCGAAGUAAGAAAGAUAGAUCCACCUUUAACGGUGGACAGGAUCAUCCUUGUCGAAGACGUCCGUACAGGUCGUCGAGCAUCGGGGUUUGUCAUCGUGGGCGAGUAACAGCAGAGGGAAAAGGGUCGCCAUGCCGGCAGGUAUUGGCGCUUCGUACAGGUCGCUAGGCGACCUGGGCGAAGACGUGUACAAAAGCACGACGAUCGUCGACCAAACACAGACCACCGGACAAAGCGUCCUCGAGAGUGUCAAGAAGGCUUUCAGUUUCGCCUCGCCCAAGGUCGAGCUGAGGAAAAAGGACCCUCUGAUCGUGGACCGCCGUGAGAGCGUCUCGAUCGUCUCAAGCACGAUGCCCUCAGAUAGUAUGGAUGACAUCGAACUGAAAAAUAUUCAACUCCAAUUUCCACCGCUGAGAUGUCUAUCGAGAGAUGACAGUUCCGUGCGAGAGGAGAGGGUUGAAACCGACAAAGGAAGUAUUUUGGUGGCUGUGCAAGGGAAUCGAGCGAAACCUGCCAUUCUCACUUAUCACGACUUAGGCCUUAACUAUAUAUCGAGCUUCCAGGCGUUCUUCAAUUAUAUCGACAUGAGAGUUUUACUGGAGAAUUUCUGCGUUUAUCACGUGAAUGCACCUGGCCAAGAAGAAGGUGCACCCACGCUGCCUGAGGACUACAUUUAUCCGUCCAUGGACGAGCUGGCUGAACACCUGCUCUUCGUAUUGAGCCAUUUUGGCCUGAAAUCCGUAAUCGGUUUUGGAGUCGGUGCAGGGGCCAACAUACUAGCGAGAUUCGCACUUGCUCAUCCCGAGAAGGUCAAUGCUCUGUGCUUGAUAAAUUGCGUGUCGACACAAGCUGGUUGGAUCGAAUGGGGAUAUCAGAAACUGAACGUUCGCCACUUGAGAUCGCAGGGGAUGACUCAAGGUGUAUUGGAUUAUCUGAUGUGGCAUCACUUCGGCAGGGGCACGGAGGAAAGGAAUCACGAUCUUGUACAAGUGUACAAGAAUUAUUUUGAGCGUCGAGUGAAUCCAACGAAUCUGGCAUUAUUAAUCGACAGCUACGUUCGUCGUACAGACCUGAACAUCACAAGAGAAUUAGAUCCUACGCGUAAGAAGGAAGGUCUCACGCUUGGUGUACCUGUGAUGAAUAUCACAGGAGCUCUGAGCCCACAUGUCGACGAUACCGUCACGCUAAAUGGACGAUUAGAUCCGAUGAAUAGCUCUUGGAUGAAGAUUUCUGAUUGCGGAAUGGUACUGGAGGAGCAACCGGGCAAAGUAAGCGAGGCCUUUCGACUAUUUCUGCAGGGCGAAGGAUAUGUGGUGAGAUCCCCGCGGAAGCCCGUGACGCCGACAACACCCGAAGGUAAUUGUAAUUAGGAAUUGAAGGCCGCAAGGAGUCAAGCGCGCAGUUGGUCAGUUAGGCCACGUCUAUAUGUUAAGUAAGUCGGAAUUCAAACUUUUAUCGGGAAGUAUUAACCGACGAUGAUGUAUCACGACUAACAUAAUCUUGGACGACCUCGGGCAUAUUCUCUCUAUCUAUAUCUCUGAAGGAUUACCAAAAGGCAACUAAUUGAUUGUACAUUUUUUUUUUUUAAACGAUGCUAAUUCUUCCGGGGUGCAAAUGUUGUGGGUUUAUCUCUUCGGACUUACUAAACUCUCGUUUUAAACUCGCAUUUCAUAUCUCAGAUCUUAGAUCAUUAUCUUAGAAUCAUUAUCCUUCUCGCUGUUAUGUUUUUCUUGGAAUAAAAUACAAUUUUCAAGUAAAAUUAUACAUGGUGAAUGAAAUUUUUUUUGUACACAGAGAAAUUGAUGGCACAAUUUUAGCAUUUGUAAUUAAAAUUUAUCGAGUAUAUCGUUAUUUACAGCGAGAGGAUUAGCUCAAAAUUGCAUUGCACAUUCAUACAUUUGUUUAACUAACUUUUUAUUUAAUGAAUUUCUCGAUAUUUUCACUACGAAAAGAGGAUUCAUUUACUAGGAUUACAAGAUCAUGGUAAAGUUUUAUCGACUGAGUUCUUAAUUUUUUUUUAUCGAUAGUUGGUAUGAAAUAACCUUAUCAAUCAACGAUAAAUCAGAAAUCUUUCUAGAGCUUUAUAUCAUUUCCUCGUAGAAAUUGAUCUUUUGAUGAACGUAUGCACAGGCUAUUUCCAAAUGCAAGAGUAUUUAAUCUAUUUUCUUGUAGCAGCAUUUAUUCAUGUGUGGGACAUUAACAGAUAGUUUAUGAAAACAUGCAACGAAAGAAAAACUCCGCACAUUACUGGGCAGUAGAAUAGCGAACAACAGAUUGUGCCGAUUCCGAUUCACACGCUUUGCACAUAAAACAGUUUCACUCUAACACACACAUAAUUCUAAUUUUUUGUUUCUCGUUUUGCAUGCAAGCCUUUCUAUCUCUAUUCUUUUAGUCUUAAUUGUUUUAAUUUUAUUUUUAUUUUUUUCUUUCGAUGAUCGAAACUAAGUCGAUGUUUGAAUCUAUUCGUUUUUUCAUGUUUCUAUGUUCCGUAUUUUUCCUCUAAUUAUGAUACAAAUUACUUUUUUCAAAUGUACGGAACAUACUACAUAUGGGUACUUUCGUGUUAACAACCUAGAUGCGAGGAUGAAAAAAUGUUAUUCAGCACUCAAAUUACUCUGACCUGGAAUUUUCGUUUAUUUUUCUUUACAGUGGCACCAUUAUCACCGUUGAAAAUGGCUGACUACAGACUGGCUUCUCUCGAGGGAUUGAAUCAUGUUUGCAGUAAGAAAAUCGACUGGCCCACCGCGACUAUACACAUCACCGAGAAUCCCAUAUCGGAGGCAGUCGUUUGUUAAAUUUUUCUUGAAAAAAUUGCCAUUGAUUGUUUUCGAAUGACAAAGCAUGCAAGAACUUAAAGAGAAAAAAAGAAAAAAAAAGAAGAAAAAGAAGAAGAAGGAAAAGAAAAUCACGCGAAUCGAACAUCGAUAUUUUUUAAAAUUUUGUUGGAGCAAGGACGUGGCUCUAACUUUUAAUUUUCGUUUAACAAACUAACAUCGUAUUCGAAUUUUAGUUUUAAGAAUAUUCUUAUUUUUAUCGAUUUAUUUUAAGUUGCUCCUAUUUCUUUUAUUUAUAUUAACGUUAAGAUAAUUAGAAUUAACAGUUUUGGAUGGUACGAAAUAUUUUUUGUACCGCCUGUACUACACGUUUUUCUCAUUUUAUAUAUUAGUAAUAGUUCAAAUUAGUUGUUAGUUUUUAUUUUAAACGCAAUAAGAAUUUUAUCGUUUAUUCACACAUUAAACCCGGUUAUCGUUCAUUAUAAUUCAGAAUUAAACAUGGAUUCACUUUUAAAAAUCGAAAACAGUUAUUAUCGAACGAUAUGACGAUUUUUACUGUUAUCUAUGGUAUCUUUGUUCAACGAAACGUAUUUUUUUAAAGUCUCAACGAACAACGUUACACUCGUCCUCGUCGACGGUCGUUUUUUUAAUAAUGAAAUCUCAAAUUAAAAAAAGUGUGCGAUUAUAAAUUACAUCUGGCGCGAUAUAUAAUCCAAUAAUCCAUCGCAUUCAUCGCAAAUACUCGCAAAUACGAUUCUCGUACAACAUCAGAAACAACGAAAACCAUGAUUUUACUUAACUGUAACUUUUACAGAGGAGCAAGAUGAGAAAGAACGAAACGAAAAGAGUGACGUAACGACGAAAAUGCAAAAUUCAAAAGGAGGUACUCGUCGAAAUGCGUACGAAGUAAAUUUAUUCUCGAGUACAUAACGAUAGAUCGAUUAUUGCAAUGAUUGAACGAUUCGAUCGACUAUUCUAAAGAUAAUUAUUAUUCGAAACAAUGCGCAAAAAAAAAAAAAAAAUCGAAUCAUAUUAAAGACGAACAUGUGUGGUAGCACUGCAUCGUAGAGAAGCGCGCACUAUUGCUUUCCGUGUUCAUAAGGAGGGACGAGUACGACUGGUAGGUGCAGAACACAAAGGAGUCAAGUUUGUAGAAAGAGGAUUACGUAUAUUAUUACGAUGGGAUAAAUAACAAGCGCAUGAUGAUCUUUUUAUAAAUUUGAAUCCGUCCUCCCGCGCCUACUAAGUUUUCGUGAAUCAUGAGUAAAUCGUUGAGCCUCGUCGAUUAGCUUGUAGCAUUCUUAUCGAAUUCGACGAGUUGACUAUAUUACUCGCGAUAAAUCAAUGCUCGAACAAUACGACAAGUUACACGGUUAUGAAUCCAAAUAUUUCGCUAACAUUAAUGUAUAGAGAGAGUGAGAGAGAGAGAGAGAGAGAAAGUUAUGAAAACGAGAUAACAAAGGUAGGUAUCGAUAAAUUAGACAUUGAUCGAAGUGUCUUCGAUGAUGUCGGUUCGUUCGUUAUCCACGGACACUUUUUCGAAGUGCUGGAAUGCAAGAAAAAAAAGGAAAAGAGAAAAGAAAAGAAAAGCCUAAAAGCAAUCGGUCGCGACGAGCGAUUGUUCGUGUUCUUUUGGUAAAGAAAAAUUCUCGUAGGCCUGCACGUAUAUGUGCUUCGUGUUAAAAAAGAACAGGGAAUCUAUUCGGGGAUAUUCGCGCGUUUCAACAUCCUCGAACGAUUGAAUUCCAUGGAACAAUAACGUUUCCUUGCCCGGCAACGGAACUGAAACGUUCGUUUGUUUGCGCUCGCGCACCGUUCGCACCCUUUCCUAGUUUCAAGCGUUUAGCAAAUAAUUAGAAGGGAGGAUAUGUGUAUGUAUGCGAGUAUGUACGUGUACGUGGAACAGAGAAAAAGGGAAACGAAUAUGUGAGGGCAUGCGUCUGAGUGAUAUACACAUAGGAACGAGGAUACAUAGAUAAUCGUUCAAGAAAAAAAAGAGAAAAAUUAAAAAAAAAAAAGGAAUAAAGAAUUCGAAAAAUUAGAAAAAAAAAAAAGGAGUAUCUGGUUCGGUACCUUAAUACGGUUCUACCAGGCUUCUUAAAAGCCUCUAGCGUGAUAUGAUAAGACGUGCCUGCUACAUGAUGUCGUACGUAGCUUUUGAAAGUUUCAACGCCUUUAGUUUUUUAUCACGAUUCCCGUACGUCCCGGAUUUUCCCCAAUUUUCGCGCGUCCUUUUUAGAACGAAGCGUGCAAUACGCUACAUUUAUGGUAAUAAUCGCCAAUUGGAAAUUACGUUGAAUACUAUGUUUUGGAGCGGACGCUCGAAAUUUCUCACAUAUCCUCGAAAUUUCAAAAUACCGAAUGAAAUUUGUUCCCGAUCGUCUGACUAGUUUUGUUCACAAUUUCUGGAAAAAAGGAUCUUUGCAUGCGUGAAAAAAAAAAUUCUCCAAAAAAUUAUGGAAAUGCUAUGGAUCAAAAAAUGUAUAAAGAAUUAUAAAAGUUUCUUUAAAAAUUCUACAUUCUAGCAAAAUUUUCGUAGUACGGCAUUUACAACCAUCAAUGGCGUGUACUGUGCACGUCGGAAUGAUACGGUAUCGUUUCUCGAUCAAUGAAGAGAAAAUAACACGAAAGAAAUGGUAUUUUAACAUGAAACUCGUAAAGACGAAGGAGAUGCGCGAAAACACGACGAAAGUCAAGACAAAGGACGUAUCGAGGGAAGAAAGGUUUAAUCGUUUCAUGUAAAAGAGAGUUUAUAAAAAAAAGAGCGAAUAUAUUAUAGAUGUAUACAUAUGACGCGUUAUUUAGGCUGGCGAAUUGAAGACAGAUCUGUAGUCGACAGCUUAGUAUGUUGUAGAAAUUUGAAACUCGAUUCUUCGAGAGGAUUGAAGGAGACAAAAAAAAAAAAAAGGAAUGCACGCAUUAAUCAUUGCUAAAACGCGAAUGCUAUAAGAGUAAUCGUAGCUUCUAAGGACCACCAAACACAUUAUCCAUUAAUCCCUUCGUUUCCACGUCUCUGUUGGAACUGCAUUAUAGAAACAUUCAAGAACGGAUUAGAUCCACAACGUUCGAAUCCCACAACGUGUUUCCCCCAUUAAUUGUAUUUGAUUGAACAUAUCGUGGAAAAGUGUGAUACCAUUGCAUUGUACAAGCCGUUCAACAAGAUCUAAUCGUAACCUUUGAUCUUUCAUUGAAGAUGUUCAUGAGACGCAUAUCAUUAGUAAGAAUUAAUUUACAAAUUGUAUUAUAUUCGUUAUGAUCGAUGGAAGGGGAAAAAAAAAGAGGAAAAGAAAAGAUAAAUUAUCGAUUGUUCGAGAAUGAUAUCGUGUCUGUAUUUUAAUUGAAAUGCUAACGGUGAUUGAAUGUCUAUAAAGGGGUACAAAACAUGAUUGUUGGUUACGAAGGGCUUAAAAAAAAUUCAUUUUGCACACGAUCGAUCACAAAUAAUCGGUAUCAAAACGCUACUACAAUCUCGCAGAAGGAUAACGAUAUGUUUUUCCUUGAGGUGCUACGUGGAAUUUUCGUCUCCGAAGCAAAUUUCCAAAAAAAAAAUUCCUCGCGUCGUAUCAUCAGAUAGAUUGUAGCGAAAAAAAAUAUAUAAUUAACAAAAACUCAAAGUAAAACAAGGUAUAGUACAGUAAGCGAAAUAAACUUAGACGGAGCUUGAGUAUAUAUAUAUAAAUAUACAGGUUAAACAACACGUGCGCACCGAAUAUACAUCUUGUUAUUUAUAAUAAACAAAUAUAAAAAAAGAAAA